GUGGAAAAUUUUGCUCUAUAUGAACCCUUUGGAGCUAUGUAAGCAUUUUUGUCUUUGAGGUUAAAGAGGGAGAAAGAAAAGACAGGGAAGGAAUUAUCAACAUCCUGCACAAAUCCAUGAUGUUUAAGUAUUGUUUAUUAGAGUCAAUCACUUCUAAUGAAGCGUAUCAUUUUCUUUCUUAAACCUUUCAGACCUAGAAAAAAGAGACAUGAGAGAAAGUUUGCUUAAGGAUGAUGGCUUGAAGAUGAAUUUUCUGGACAGAGAUGAGCUCGAUGACGAAGGCGAAGACGAGAGCAAGACUAAAAUUAGUACAAGCUCAAACAACAGUGUAGUUGAAGAAGGUGAUCAAAAGAAGACCAGCAGCUCUAGUACUGGGGUGCGCCCAUAUGCAAGAUCCAGGGUGCCGAGGCUUAGAUGGACACCUGAGCUUCAUCUUUGUUUUGUUCAAGCUAUAGAGAGACUAGGAGGUCAAGAAAGAGCAACCCCUAAACUGGUUUUGCAACUAAUGAACGUCAAGGGACUUAGUAUUGCUCAUGUCAAGAGUCAUUUGCAGAUGCACCGGAGCAAGAAGAUUGAUGACCAGGGUAGAGUGAACUCUAGAGGGCAUAUUAUGGGGACUGAUCAUCCAGAUCAAUUUUCUCACAAUCUUUGGCACUAUCCCAUGCUUCAGAAUAUCGAUCAAAGGGUCAGACGUUCCAAUAACAUCAGUGAUGAUGCUUCUUGGAAUGGCCAAGGGAACUGGUUGCUCAGGCCACAUAUGACUACUGAAAUGUAUAUUAGAAGAGGAGGUAAUUGCUUUCAAGGCAUGAAUAUCUCUGGAGGUGUUGGUUCAAACCAAGUAAGGAAUGAAGCUCUCUACAUUAAUGAAAAUUUUCCGUUCACUGAACCAAGCAUCAGGAGAACACGGGGACUCCCUGAAGAUUUUCAAUUAUCGUACGAUCGCAACUUCAUCCACACAAGGUCGAGCAUAUGCAACGGGAUAGAAGAAAGAAUAAAAUGCUUUAACUAUCCCAUUACUAGCUCAGACACAAAGUGGAGAACUAAGGGAGAAGAUGAGAAAAACACAACAAAACGAAUAGCACAAAAUCAUCAAGAUGAUCUUGAUUUGAGCCUUUCACUGGGCUCAAAAUUAAGAGAAGAUAAGGGAAAGCUGUACUGGGGUGAAGAAGAAGUGGAAAACAAUUUGCAUCUUUCUUUGUCUUCCCCACCUUCAAAGAGGGAAGUGUUUUCUACAAAUCUGAGAAAGUGUGGGAGAUUGAAAGAAGACUGUGAUACCAUAAAUCCAAAAUUGGCGAGUACUCUGGAUCUGACUAUAUGAAUUACAGAAUUCUUAGUGAGAUCUUGUUGGUACUUGUACAAUUAAGAGGAUAAUCUUAAGAUCAUUGUUAUGUAGUGGGAAUGGGAGGUAAAAUCAAUAACUCUAUGAUCCCUUUCUCUUUUGAAAUUAAACCAUCUUUUAAUUAGUUAAAAUAUGUUCAUCUCACUCUCAACUCUUGCUUGAGCUUUCCUUCA